AAUUAACUUUCUGUUUGUAUAAUUAUGAUAAAAAAGUAGAAAAAGAAAAGCAAUGAAUAGAAUAAAGUAUAUUUGUUUAUAACUUAUUUUUUUUAUAAGAUGCUUGAAUAGCUAAUACGAUUGGUAGUUUAUAUUAACAUGCGACUGUACUUUAGCAACAGGCGCUAACUAUAAUGAUUAAUGCGCAUGGAUAACUUAAGGAUGUAGUAACUAUAAUUAUAACAACACUGCAAGUUUUUGUUGUGUGGAUUAAUAAUCAUGCUAUGAUGUUACAAAUACUUAACAUGUUAUUGUUAAUAUUGGAGGCUUCAAAGGAGGGCGGUGCCUUACAAAUCAAAAUUCUUUCUUUUUAUGCAAUUAGUUUAAUUUACUAUAGCUUAAUUUAUAGAAUUGGGUGAUUACUUUAUACUCUGGUAACCUUUCUGAUUUUUCAACAAAUCCUGUAUGCUAAUUAUAAAGUAAAGAUGCUUCAAUAACUUGCAUAGGUUAUAGAGAUCUGCCUCAAACUAGUUUAAAUGGUUUAUCAGGACUUUCUAAAGUUUGCAUUUUAGGAUUAAAUGAUAAUCUAAAUGCAGUUUCUUGUGCAGAUAAUUACUGUAUCAACUAAAAGGAAAAUAACAAAUGCUAAAUAUAUAAUACUUCCUAAAUGCAAACCCUUUAUACGUAAUAUGGGAUUUUAGGUGUUUCAGGUACAUAAAGAAACUGCAUAACAUAAAGUUAGAAAGUGAAUUCCUAAAAUGAUUGCUCUCAUUUAUAUGUUAGCUCAGUAUGUUUUAAUCCAGUUGACAACACUUGUUGGGAUCUCUCUAAAUUAAAUAUCUUAGAUACAUCGUAGCCAAUUGGUAAAUUUGAUAUUGAUGGGACAUGCGUCUUCUUAGGAAUCUAUUCAAACAAAAAAAUAAAAUAUUGUAAUUAGAAUAUUAAUUAAGUUUGCUUAGAUAGUACUGCUAAUAAUUAAUAAGGUUGCUUUUAAUGGAAUACUCAGUAAAUCUCAUAAAACAAUAAUCAAAUAAUAAUAGGAAUAUUUUCUGAUGGAACAUGUGCAUAUAAAGAUGUAUACGAUAGUAAAAAAAUCAAUAAUUGCAACACUUAAAAUACUGGUGUGUGUAUUUAUAAUUCUUCUCUCAAUAAUAAUCUAUAAGGAUGUAUUUCAUGGAAUCUUUCAUCUAUAUAAUAAACAACUUAACCAAUAGGCAUAUUUAGUGAUUUUUCAUGCGCCAUUUAAAAUCAAUAUACUAAAUAAAAAAUAAUAAACUGCAAUUUUAAUAUCAACACAAUUUGUUUAGAUAAUAUUUCUUAAGAUAAUUAAGCUUGCUUAAAUUGGAAUAUGAGUUCUCUAGAUUCUUCAAUUUCUAAUUAGGCUGUGGGAAUAUUUACUGACAAUAGUUGUGCAUUUUUGAAUUAAUAUUAAAAUAAAAUAAUUUUUAAUUGUAAUUAACAAAUCAACGACAUAUGCUUAGAUAAUAGAAUUUUAUAAAAUAAGCAAGCAUGUAUAAAUUGGUAGGUUUCAGCUUCAAAUGUAACUAAUUCGACAAACCAAAUUAUUGGAAUCUUCAAAGACUAUUCAUGCUCUUACUUAAACACUUAUGCUAAAAAAGCUAUAUUAUCCUGGAAUAGUUAAGUAACUAAUGUUUGCUUAGAUAAUAGAGAUAAGGAUAAUUAAGCUGUUUUUUGGUGGAAAGACUCAUCUAAUCCAAAUCCUAUCGGGAUCUUCUAAGAUGGUUCUUGUGCAUAUCUAAAUACUUUUGUUCAAAAUUAAAUAAAAGAUUGUAAUACUUCAAACAAUGUCUGUAAAUAUAAUUCUACUGUCAAUAAAAACCAGCAAGGAUGUAUUUAAUGGAAUUCUACAUUUUCAGCGCAAUAUUUAUAUAUAUAUCCUAUUGGUAUUUAUUAAGACAAUACGUGUGCUAUUUUAAAUAUUUAUUCUAAUAAGCCCAUACAACAAUGUAAUUAUAAUGUUUAUGGGGUCUGUUUAGAUAAUACUUCUCAAAACAAUCAAGCUUGUUUAAAUUGGAAUAUGAGUUCUCUAGAUUCUUCAAUUUCUAAUUAGGCAGUGGGAAUAUUUGCUGACAAUAGUUGCGCAUUUUUGAAUUAAUAUUAAAAUAAAACAAUUUCAAAAUGUAAUUAAUAAAUAAACACCAUAUGCUUAGAUAAUAGAAAAAGUAAUCAAGCAUGUUUAAACUGGUAGCUUGCCGUCUCUAGUGUAACUAACUCACCAGAACAAGUUAUUGGAAUAUUCAAUGAUUAUUCGUGCUCUUUCUUAAAUACCUAUGCCCAAAAAUCUAUAUUAUAAUGGAAUAGUUAAGUAAAUAAUGUUUGCUUAGAGAAUAAAAAUUAAUUAAAUUAAGCUGUUUUUUGGUGGAAAGACUCAUCUGAUCCAAAUCCUAUUGGUAUUUACUAAGAUAGUACUUGUGCUUUUUUAAAUAUUUAUAAUAAUAAGCCAAUAAAAUUAUGUAGUUAUAAUAUUACUGGGGUCUGUUUAGAUAAUACUUCUCCAAAUAAUCAAACUUGUUUAAAUUGGAAUAUGAGUUCUUUAGACUCUUUAAAUUCUAAUUAAGCUGUGGGAAUAUUUACUGACAAUAGUUGUGCAUUUUAGAAUAACUAUUAAAAUAAGAUAAUUUUAAAUUGCAAUUAAUAAAUAAACACCAUAUGCUUAGAUAAUAGAAAUUAAACUAAUCAAGCAUGCUUAAACUGGUAGCUUGCAGCCUCAAGCGUGACUAACUCAGUAACUUAAGUUAUUGGAAAAUUCAAAGACCAUUCAUGCUCUUACUUAAAUAGUUAUGCUUAAAAAACUAUAUUAUCCUGGAAUAGUUAAGUAACUAAUGCUUGCUUAGAUAACAGGGAUAAAAAUAAUUAAGCUGUUUUUUGGUGGAAAGAUUAAUCUUAUCCUAUUGGGAUCUUCAAAGAUGGCUCUUGUGCAUAUCUAAAUAUUUUCGUUCAAAAUUAAAUUAAAGAUUGCAAUAUUUAAAAUAAUGUCUGCAUAUAUAAAUCAUCUGUCAAUAACAACUAAUAAGGAUGCAUUUAAUGGAAUACUACUCCUUCUCUAUAAUAUAUUUAUCCUAUUGGUAUAUUCUAAGACAAUACAUGCGCUAUUUUAAAUAUUUAUGAUAAUAAACCAAUAUAAAAUUGCAAUUAUAGUGUUUUUGGGGUCUGUAUAGAUAAUACUUCUUAAAAUAAUCAAGCUUGUUUAAAUUGGAAUAUGAAUUCUCUAGAUUCUUCAAUAACCAAAUAGGCUGUGGGAAUACGAACAGACAAUAGUUGUGCCUUUCUUGAUGAACGUUCUAAUAAAAUUAUUAAAUAAUGCAAUUAAUAAAUAAAAAAUGUUUGCUUGGAUGAUACUUAAACCAAUUAAGCAUGCCUUAUCUGGCAACGUCCUACAUCAAAUGUAAUUAACUCACAAACUCAAGUGAUUGGGAUAUUUUCUGACAUGAAAUGUGCUUUCUUAAAUACUUAUGCUUCUAAAUAAAUUUUAUUUUGGAAUGAAUAAGUAAAUAGUGUUUGCAUAGAUAAUAGAAAAUUAAAAGAUGAAGCUGUUUUCUGGUGGGAUAUUAAUACUUUAAACUAAUUAGACUAAACUAAACCUAUUGGUAGAUAUGUUGACGGAAGCUGUGCUUACCUAAAUAUCUUUGCUUAGAACCAAAUAAAAUAUUGCAAUUAAUAAAUUUAGUUUAUCUGUUUAAAUAACUUUGAUGCUUCUUAUUAGGGGUGCUCUGAAUGGGAUGUUUGGCCUUAGACUAUAUAAUAAAAUACAAAUCUAAUUGGUAAAUAUAUUGAUGGAACAUGCGCCUUCGUAGGAGUAUAUUAAAAUAAUCAAAUAAAAGUUUGCAACUUUUCAGUAAACUUUAUCUGUCAAGAUACAAGUUCUGCUGUUAGUCAGGCAUGUGUGAAUUAUGAAUAAUAAUUUAACUAGAUCGUAGGAGCUGACAAUAACAAUAUCUGUCUUAUCGAAAACUAGCUUAAAGCGGUUAAAUGCUCAAAGUCAUAUUGUAUAGAUAUAAAUUAAUCAUGUAGGAUAUUAUCUAGUGAUACAACUUUAAAUAGAAUAAUGACUCAGAAAGGUACAUACUAGUGUUUUGGAAAUAUCGGUAACACAGAUACCAGUAAAAAUGCUAUAUGGUGUGCUCCUGGAUAUUGUAGGAAACAAAGAAGUAAUACUGAUGUCAGUUUUUACUGUAAGUAAUUAGGAGAUGACGAAAGUCCUUGUAAAGAUGACGGAAACCAUGUUUGUAUCCGUGAGGGAGGUUCUUCAAGCUAAAUGAUUGUUGAUAUGGUUCUAAGCUUUUGCUCUGCAUAUAAAAACAGUUCAUAUUUAUGUGUAAAUUCAGAUACAGACUUAGAAUAUGUAAUAAAAGAUACUAGGGGUUAAUGCUAAAAAUUUACAAAUUAGUAGUUAAGAAUUUGUAAAAAUACAGCAAGGUGCUUUUCAAACAUAACGGCUAUGUAUUGUGGUUGUUAUAAUAGUUUAAACUCUGUUUAUUAAUGUACCUUUGGACCUUUAUGCCUAAAUAGCUAAAAUAAUUGUGUACAUGUUGAUUACUCUGAAAUUAAUGGCUUCCCAGGUAGAAAAUAAGGAACAUCUACAUGCUAACUAAAGGAAGUACCUUAAACUGUUUUAUGUUCAAAAAAUUAUUGUUUACUAAAUUAACAAUGUGUUUAAAUGACUUAAAAUUUGUAUAUCUCUUAAGAGAAUAAAACUUAUAAAUGCUUAUUAGCAGAAUAAGCAGGAUAAUAUGGUGCUAAAUGGUGUGUUUAGGGGUUUUGUAAAAUAACAAACAAUUUACUUAAAUUAGAAUAUUGUAUCAGAAUGCAAGAUUCAAAUACUUUUGCUUUGGAUAAAAAUGGUCGCUGCUUGUCGAAAUCUUAAUCUCAAAAUAAUUCAGAUUUAUUAUCUUGUUAGAUGAACUUAUUUUGCUUGGAUGAUACUCCUAAAUGUAUACCAAUAGAUCCAUUAAAUACAUGUGUAGACUAUAAUAAUAAAUGUGUUUCUAUUAAUUCUGGUUAAUGUACUUUUUGUCAUAUAACACAAUGCCUAUCUGGAGAUUCAUGCAUUCCUAUAUAAGAUGGUUUUUGUUUGGGUUUUAAUGGGAGAUGUGUACAAAAUCCUGGCUCAGUAUGUAAAGCUUGUAAUUAAAACGAGUGCUAUAAUCCUUUUUAUUUCUCUUGCACCCCAUUUACUUAAAUGAAAGUAAAGUCAGAUUAGUGCAUAAUUUAAGUUUAUAACUAUAUACCAUGCGUAUACAAGUAAUUAAAUGAUAAUUAAUAUUGUGCUGCAUAUGAUAAUUAGUGUAAAGAACUUUCUACUAUUCCUUAAUGUAUAAGAUGUCCAUCAUCAUACUUGUGGGUUGGAAAUUAAAAAUGUUAUAGCAGUCUAAUGAUUGAGCAAAUAUCAAACUAAAGCUAGAGCUAAGACAACUAAAUUUUUACAAUAUAAUUGAUUUAUAAAUAAUUAGAUAUCACCCCUAUAAAAUAGUAAUGUAGCUAAGGGUGCUAACUUUGUUCAUCAGCAAAUAAUUGCUUAUAAUGUUCUUUUGAAUAUUUCUUAUAUGCAGAUACAGUCCUCUAAACGCAGUAUUGCAUCCUUCUUCCUUCGACAUAAAUUUUAUAUCCAGAUUAUUUAUUUGAAGACAAAGAGUUCAUAUAACAAAAUAGUAACCCUUAAAUAGCUGGUAUAUACAAUUUAUAUGAUUACUACAUAAAUGAGUUAAAUAGUAAUUUGGAAUAAGUAAAUGCUUAUUGCUUAAAUUAAUGGUAAUUUGUAAAGGUUGGAGACAUUCUUUUUUGCGAUACUUUUAACAUUCAAUAUUAAUAUAUUUAUCAGAAAUCAUAAAUUCCACAAUUAACUAUUUAUUACCAAGUUAAACUAAAUCAAUUAAAUUAGAUCGUCCUCGAAUAGCUAAGCUCUUUUUGUAAUAUUAAAAACUGUGCAAGCUGUCAAAUUUUAAACAAUAUAAAAGUGUGUCGAACCUGUGAAUAUAAAUAUGCAUUAAGUUAUCUAAAUUAAUGUGAGCCUUGUCCUGAAAACUGCUUGAGCUGCUUUUAUGGUGGUUACUAUAAUUAAUAAAGUGUGAAUUGGAGUUAAAUUUUAGAAAAUGGAUAACAAGUGGAUAUUGAUUUUAGUAAAUUAAGCAUAGCUUAAUACAGUAUAUUGUGCUCUUUAUGCUCUUCUUAGUUUGUUGUGACAAAAGAUUAUUCUGGAUGUGAGCCAUGUGGCGAUAAAUGCUUUUCGUGCUAUUAAGGUAAUAUAAAAUAUAACUUGACAAGCAAUUUUGAUAUAUAACUAAGCUAAAAAUAUUCUGCAUCAAUAAUUAAGAAAUGUUUUUAGUGUUUUGAUGGUUUCAUGAUUAGCCCUAACAUGGUUGAUUGCAUACCUAUUUCUUAGGACUGUCUGAUUGAAUAUGUUGGGAAGUCAGAUGGCUCUAGAUAAUCUUUAACAAGCUAAAAUUGGUGGGAUAGUAGUUUAUCUUAUGAAUCAAAAUGCUAUGCUUGUUAUUAAUUUGUAAGUAUAAAUUAAAGUGGCAGUCCUUAUCAAUGCAAUAAUAAAGCAGAUCCGAAUUAUAUAUCAAACUGCUUAAAUACGGUUACGUUCAGCUCUGAAAAUCAACCAUAUUGUCUAUAAUGUGGAUAAAGCUUAUCAUUUAACAUUAAUCUUAAAAUUUGUUAGAUUGAUUGCUCAAAAUAAAUCAAUUCAUGUGUAGGCUGUUACAGUUAUACUGAUAAUGCUAACAAUGAAAUAUUUUAAUGUACUUAAUGCCUAAGUUAAAAUGAUCAAAUUGUUUUGUUUCCUACUCUAUUUGGAUGCAAAUAAUGUCCAGAAGGGUGUUCUACUUGUUAUGAAAGUGAAAUGGUAAAUGAUAAAAUUCAGUAGAUAGAACUAAAAAACAGAACAUAAUAGAUUAUAUUUGAAUAAAUACAACCAUCUUUAUAAGAUAGAUUAAAUAUCUAGUCAUCUGAUAAUUAUGAGAUAAUAUGUUCUUCUUGCUUAGCAGGCUACUUCUUGUAGAAUAAAAGAUGCAUAAAAAAUUUAUGUGGACCAUCAUGUGAUUUGUGCUACAUGAAAAAUUUUAGUCCUAUUUGUAUUUCUUGCUCUUAUGUUAAUUUGUAAAAAUAAAUAUCCAAUAUCUCAGUUUAGAUUUUAUCAUUCUACUAAUUAACUGACUUAAAUUUUAAGUAUAUGACUCAUUUUAAUUCCCUCAAAUAAGAUUGCUCUUUGUGCCCUUUAGGAUGCUUAUCUUGUGAUUAUAAUCCUAUUACAAACAAUCCAUUUAGCUUAUAUAAAUCUAAAUGUUAUUCAUGCAAAUCAAUUCAAGAAUUAUCAAUGUAAAGUGAUAUGUUGAAUUUAAACUUAAAAUUAGUAAAUGAUUAUGAGUGGAGAUGGGAUUAAGAUACCAACUCUUGUGUUUUAUGUAAGAAUAACUAAUUAAAAUGUGCAUAUAGAAAGUAAACAACUAUAUUUGCUAAAUGUCUUGGCAUAUUUGAUGAAAUAGGGAGUGGAACAGAGCAAAUACCUUUAAAUUUCCAAAGAGCCAGUGAUGCCAAUUGGGAUAAAUUGAUAGUAAAUGAAUCUGAAUUUACAAAAGCUCUAGUUUAUAUGAAUGAAUUAGGAGUUAGAGAAUUGUAAGUAGACGUUCACAUUUUAGAUACAAAAUGUGUUUUAUAAAAUCAUAUUUCAAUUACAACUUCUUUGCUUUAGUUAAUUCCUAACUUGCAAGUAUUUCAAAUUAAUAUUAUUGGAAAUUAUACAAAAGAUCAAAAUAAUCCUUAAGUAAGUGAAAUAAAUAUUAAAGAAUCAAUUUCUAUUAAUGGGUUCCUAAAUGUGUAAUUUAAAAAUUUAAACUUUUCAUAAAUUGCAAAUCUAUAGAAUAGCUAGAGCAUUAUCAUAAAUAAUUAGGAUACUUAUUCAUUUUAGUUUACUAACUGCUCAAUAAAUGGAUUAUUUAAUUAGUCAUAUGAUGUUUAGUAGAUAUAAUCAAAUAAUACUAAGCUUUACUAGGGUUUUUUUUCUAAUGAAGUUCUCGGCAUUCAAAAUUUUUUUUUCAACAUUAAAAUUUUCAAUUUGAGAUAGACUAUCUAGAUUACAAAUUCUUCUGUUAAUAAUUUGUUUAUAUAUCAAAGCAGCCUAUUUAGUUUCAUAAACACUUAAGCAAGCAUCUAAGCAUAAAAUAUUUCUCUAUAAAUAGAAAAUUUCAAUGUUUCAUAAGUGUACUUUUAGUAGUCUUCAAUCAUCAAUCUUUCUUAUUAAAAUUUAACUUUUCAAGCAAAUAAUCUUAAGCUAAAUGAUAACUUAAUGAUAUAAAAAUCUAUAAUGUUUUAGAUUACACCUUUUGACAAGCUUCCAAAUGCAAGUUUGAAAAUAUCCAAUUUUAAUUUUUAAAGAAAUUAAGUUUAUUAAAAUUCACAAUUACUCAUAAUAACAAAAAUUGUUUAUGGCCUUUUUGAAAUGAUAACUUUUGAUAGAAACAUUAUUAAAAACGAUAAAGAAUUUAAUAGCUUAAUAGUAGUAAAUCAAAUGGUUUGCUUGCAGCUUUCUGUUAUAAAUAAUAUUUUAACAAAAAGUUAUUUAUUCUAAAAUUUUGAUGACGGAAAAUUGGCGAGAUAAAUUUAUAUGAAAGAUCAAUAGUAUUUAUUCUAGUUUAAUUAAGUUUUAAUCAGUAAUAAUACAAUUUAGUUAACUCAGUCCUCUAUAUUUUAUUAUGUUGGAAACUCUACUGAAUUAAAUUCUCUGAAAUUGUAAGGGAUUGUUGUCAAUUAUAAAAAUUAAGAAGAUGAAAAUUUAAACUCGAAUCUAUUCUCAAUCAGUUUAUGCUAUAAAGUAGCAAUAAUAGAUGUUAAUAUUUCACAUCCUAACCAGAUAAAUAUAUUUUAAAUUUCGUAAGCAUAGUAUUACACUUCAAGAGUUAUUAAUAUUGUAAAUAACUGGCAAGGCUAAUAGUUAAAAACUGAAUUAUUCUCUAUUAAAUAAAUCUAUAAAAGUAUAAAAUUCUAAUAAAUGAAUAUUUAAAAUAUAACAACUACUAGCCCGUUAAUUUUUAUAACAAACGAAUUUGCUAGUCAUCAGGGAUAUAACUCAGUAAUUAACAUCAAUUACAUAAAUGCUAAUAAUAAUCAAAUGUUUAUCUAAUAAUCAACCAAUAUUUUUUCAAUAUUAGCAAUAAAAACUAGUGCUCUUUAAAAAAUUUCACUUAGCAACUUGAACUUUUAGAAUAAUACAGCCCUUUUUGAUUAAAAUUAAGUAGUAAAUGAUUAAUAAAGUGCUUGCUCUUGUAUAUGCAUAGAUGCAUAUUAAAGCUAUGUUAAUAUUAUUUUUUCUAAAUUUAUAAACAAUUAUAGUACAGCUUCGAGGAAUGCUAUCUCUAUUAUUUCUAAUCAUGCUAAUUUAACUGAAUGCUAUUUUUAAAAUCAGAUGUAAAGAAAUAUAAAUACCUCAAUUACUCUUGGAGGUUUAGUAUUCUCUAAGUCUUCUCGACUUUCACUGAAUAGCUGUUUAUUAUAACAAGGAUUUGCUCAAAAAGGAGGAGCAAUUUAUUUUUAAGGAUAAUAAUAUUCGUAAAUAAUUAUAACAUAAACACAAAUUUUACAAAAUAGAGCUGCUUUACUGGAAUCAAAUAGCUUAGGGGGAGGAGUAUAUGUAGAUGCAACAAGUAUAAGUAAUAUAGAUAUAAUAUUAGAAAAUUCAGAAGUAUCUAAUAAUUUAGCUACAAUAUAAGGUGGAUCAUUUUAUAUAACCCCAUUUUAAGGAAAUCUCUUUUUUAAAAUGAGUGAUAGCAUUAUGCAAAAUAAUUUUGCUCUGCAGGGAGCAUUUUUUUAUCUCAAUUUUAAUGGGAUUGGAAUUGGAAGAGUUUUUAUUAUAUCAUCUUCAUUCUAUAAUGAUCCAUCUUCUCAAUUACAAGAUUUAUUAUAAAUUAUAGAUCAAGCAAAAAGCUAAAGUAAUUAAUUCAGAUCUUUUUCUUUGUUUGAUUUCACUCAAGUUACUUAGUUGUAUAUAGCUGGAAGUAUUUUUGAGUCAUCUCAAAAUUAAAUAAAUUUGUAAAAUUAAAAUGAAAAAAUCUAUCUUUUCCUCUACCCAGCUUUAUUUAACAUAUUAUAAAACAUACAAUACAAUGAAUAUAACAAUACUUAUUAGAAUUUUAUUGUUACCUCAAAUUUUAUGAAUAUUAAUGCUAAAAAUGUGUAGAUCGUUUAAUCUUAAUACUACAAUAUCUAGCACAAUAAUUUUACAAGUGUUAACAAUAUUAUUUUUUAUAAUUCUAAUUUUGUAGUGAUUCAAAAUUCCUCGUUUAGUCAGCUUUAAUGUAAAUUCUGUCAAAUUUCACCAAUACAAAUACUUGUACAACAAUUUUAGUUACAGAAUUCUUUAUUUUAGUAGAAUCAAGGAAGCUUAAUAGGAGGAUUUUUACUAAUAUAAUAAAUAAGCUUAAUUGAAGCAAAAAGAUAACUUUAAUAUGAAAAAAACUAUCAAAAUAAAAUAGAAAAUUGCAUAUUUUAAUAAAAUUCUGCUUUUAAUGGAGGGUCUUUAACUAUUUAGUUUUAAUAAGACUUUAGCACAAUAGUCUAUGGAUGUCAAUUCAUAUAAAACAAAGCUUUUAAUAAAGGAGGAGUUAUUUAUUACUAAUAAUUGCAAUAAAAUCAAUAAAUUAAUAUCAAUUUUAUCAAAAAUACAUUUAUCAAGAAUAGUGCCUACAUUGGAGCUAUUUUUUAUUCUAACAUUAAUUAGUAUAUGAGUCUCAUUAGUGAAUAAAAUAAGGUUUUAUAAAAUUAAGCAAAUUAUUUUGGUUCUUUGCAAAUAACUUCUCCAAGCUAAAUGCAAAUUACUUACAAACAAACUCUAUACUAAAAUAACUCUAAAAUAUUAGUUUAAACAAGCGGUUAGUUGCAGAAUGAGCUUUUAGUGUUUGUUUUAGACGAAUAAGGGUAGCAAUACAAAGAAUUAGAAGGUGAUAAUUUAUAUUUAAAGGUAAAGAAAGUAUCUUAAUCGUUAAAUACUUUUAUGGAAGAAACAAAUAUUCCUUUUAAAGAUGGAAGUUUCAAUUUGACAAAUUAUUUAAAAAUCUAUGGAAAAGCGAAUGAAAUACUGUCAGUAUAGUUACUAUUUGACAGAAUAAAAAUUUAACAAGCUGAUAAUUACAAUUUAGUUAUAAACUUUGAGUUUGAUAAAGACUGUUAAAGCGGCUAUUUCAGAGCUAAAAUUCUUAAUAUUUAUGAUGGUUGUCUUCCAUGCAAAAAUAAUUCGUUUUCACUAAUUUAAAAUUCCUAAGAAUGUAACUUAUGCCCUAAAAUUGAUGGUUUUAUUUGCUAUUAAUAAACAUACCUUCUACCAAACGGUUACUGGAGAAGAGAUAACUAAUCAUAAAAUACUUUAAAAUGCUAUAAUUAGCUAUCUAAUUGUAUUGGGGAUACCUAAAGCUAAUCGAUAUAAAGACAUUAAUUAAACUAACUUAAAAUUGAUAAAAGUUCACAAGAAGUUUAUUAUUGUGCUGAAGGUCAUUUAGGAGCUCUUUGCGAAGAUUGCGAUAUUUUAGGAUAAUAUUGGAAAUAAAAAUAUUAUAAAAUUGAUGAAUAUAAAUGCUAAGCUUGUUCGGUGGCAAGGCAAAGCUUACAUUUUAAAUUAUUUUACAUUAUAGCUGCAAUAUCUUUAAACUUAAUCCUAAUGUAUAGUUGCAAAAAAGCAUAUACAGAUUUUAUUUUGAAAAAAAUAUCUCUCAAACUUAAAGCUUCUGCAGAGUAUAAGGAAGUAAAAAUUUCUGAUAACUAUAUCAUAUUUAAGUUUGUAAUAAAUUACAUUUAAACAAUUGGAUUAAUAUACCAAAUUAAUACCUCUUUUUUUGGGCCUAACUUUUAAAUCAUCAGAUUUUUGUCAAAUCCUGUUUAUGGGUUUGUAUAUGUUUUUGAUUGCUGGAUUUCUGAUUUUUACUUAUAUUACUUCCAAAUAAAAGAUUUUUACAUUUUCUAUAGAAUCAUUUUUGUCUAAGUUUAGCUGGCCAUUUUAUAUGGUUUAACAAUUCUCCUUUCUACUAUUUUCAUUUAGUUUAAUAGACCAUGGAUAGUAUAUUUAAGAAGCCUUAUAAACUGUUUUGUAAUAAUUAUUGUAUUAAAUAUUUCUGGGAUCUUUAGCUUAAUUUUAGAAUCUAUGUUUUGCACAGAAGUAGAUGGGAUUUAUUAUCUUUUGAGAUAUACUAGAAUUUAAUGUGAUAAGCAAUUUUAAUAUAAUUUAUUGAUUUAUAUAAUUCCCAUUUUGAUAUUUUGGGUUUUGCUAGUUCCAUCAAUAUUGAUUCUCAUACUUAAAAGAAAAAUAAUAUAUUUAAAUUUAUUUUAAUUGAAAUGCAAGCUUGGAUUUAUAUAUCAUGAGUAUAAAGAAUAAUAUUAUUAUUGGGAGAUAGUUAAAAUUGUUUGUAAAAUGAUUAUGAUUGCUGCUAUUAGUCUAACAGAUAAUUCUGGUAUUUAGUUUGGUUUAUCUCUUGCUUCAAUUUUGUCAUAUAAAUUUAUUCUUCAUUUAACUUAGCCUUAUCAAACAGAAAAAUCUAAUUAGUUGGAUAAAAUGAUGAUCAAUAGCAUAAUUUUAAGUUAAAUUUUAGCAUUUGCUUCUCUUUAGUAAGAUGAAAUAAGCAACUAUUGUUUUAUUGUUUUUUUGAUUGUUAAUUUGAGAGUAUUUUUAAUGAUUAUCAAAUAUUAACUGAAGUAGAUAUAUCUAAAGAUUUUACAAAAAUCUUAUUUUAGACUAUAAAAUCAUAAAAAAAUCAAUUAUAUAAUAAUUAAGCUCUUUAAAAAUUAAAUUAAUGCUAAAUAAAUGUGGAAAAAACUAGCUAACAAAAUUAAUAUUUUAGUUUAAAGAUAAAAAAUAGGAGAUAUAUAAGAAAUAAAAUAUUAAGCUGACUCUUUAUUAUAAAACACUAGUAAAUAAUUAAAUGCUAUUUAUAAUUUUCAAAAAAACUGCUAAACUAAAUAAUUUUAAAUCUUAAAAUCAAAUAAACCUUUAAUAUGA